GUCAGUGUCAAAAUAAAAAAAUAAUUCUAGGUUACGAUUUAAAGUAUCCUUAGAAGUCCGAAGUAUUUGUUGACUAAACCGCAUUAUAUUAAAAAUGGCAUUAAUGCCGUUGCGAAGGCAAUUAAUGCAAAUAGUUGCGACACAAAGUCCAUUUUCUACACUCCAGAGAUGUAUGGCUUAUAAAAGUUCAUUAUCUUUGGAGACAUUGUAUCCGAACAGUAGUUUAAAGCUUUCUACACCUGCAUUUACGCCAGACCCUAAAGAAAAAUUUUCAGGAUAUAUUCCAAUGGACAAACUUGACAUAAAAUAUAGCGCCAGUUCAGGACCCGGUGGACAGAACGUUAACAAAGUUCAUACAAAAGUAGAUCUCAGGUUCAGAGUGAGUGAAGCUGACUGGAUUCCGGCAGAGAUCAGAGAGAAACUACAGGAACUGCACAACAAUAAACUGACCAAGGAGGGGUAUUUGGUGAUCCGUUCCGACGUGACUCGUUCCCAACAACUGAACUUGGCCGACUGUCUACAGAAGUUGAGGAACAUGAUCAGAGACGCUGCCGUCACUAAACGGGAGCCGUCCCCUGAAACAGAAGAAAGAAUAAGGCAAAGACACCUGAAAGCCUCCCGUCUGCGAGUGGCCGUGAAACGUGAGGCAGCUCUGAGACGUUCCCUGAAGCAGUCACCCACCGUCGUGGACUUAUGAUUCUUUCAUUAAAUUGGACACGCUCACUGUCUGAGGUUUCAGCAGACAACUGUUAAUUGAUUACAUGUGUUAUGAUUGUUUUGAUUGCCAGUCCUAUUGUCAAACUUCCAAGAGCCUUAACAGUACAAAGUUCUUUACUUUAAUGACUUGACAACAAAACAUAUAUGUAUUCACCAAAAAUACUGAACCUGUUUUGGUAAAUGUAUUUAAAUUUUGUUGAAUAUCUGUUUCUUCAUAAUGUUUGCGUUUUCUUUGAAAAUUAUUUAUUUGUGUUUUGUUAUAGUGUGCGUUUUGUUCAUAUCUUGUAUAAAUUGCUGAAACCAUUUCAGACUGUAUCCACCAUUUUGUUGUUGCUGUGGGAAGUCGCAAACAAAAUGGUGGCUUAUAGGUAUAUUCACUUACUGCUCUGUAAUUAUUGAUAUUAAAUGACAAUCAAUUUACGUCACUAAGUGUAUGCCUACGCGUGUCCAAUUUAAUGUUUCAUUAAAAAGUGUAGCUGUGUAAUAUAGAUUCUAGAUAUUAAAUAAAGAUUAUACUA